AUGACACUCCCCAAUGACACUUCUUACUUAGUUGAGGGAGCGAAUCAAGUUCCCAAGCAGGAGUUUCUAAGCACUCUUAGCAGGGUGUACGAGGGUCAUGGAACCGCCAUUGUUUUUAUCGAGCAGCACAUUCUCUCCGCUCUCAAUCGUUUAGGAAUUGCGGCACGGGACUUCGGUCGCGAUAAAGGAGUCGUCGGCAUUUUCCUGUUUCAAAAUGUAAUUAACUACGUUUCAGCUGACAAUGUUGUGUACAUACUGAAUCCAGACCUGAGUAACGUGCGUUCUGUCGUCGUUCACUUGCUUUCCUAUACUCAGCGAUUUCCAAGUGCGAAGCCGACAAUUCUCUAUGUUCCCCAAAAGACGCUGAUUGCGGAGCAGGUGAUGGAGGACGAGUUCAAGCUCUCCCAAAGAUUUCCCACUCUACACAUUGCAAGUCUUGAUUUAGACUACGUUUUUCUGGAGGAGAAAGUGUUUACGAUGGAACUGCCACUGUCGUUCAAAUCAGUGUUUGCAGAGGGUGACUUGAGCAACCUAACCUGGAUUGCCAGGCUUUUGCUCAAGCUCCAGACAGGCCGCUUCGGUGCCAUUCGGCACAUCCGAGGAAAGGGCAGCCGUGCUGCUAAGGUUGUUCAGCUUCUUCAGCGGAUGCAGAAUGACAUCGGGAACGAUUUUAUUACUGACAUUCCCUCUGAAGUAGAGACACUCAUCAUUAUCGAUCGUUCUGUGGACUUCAUCACGCCGUUGAUGACGCAGCUUACGUACGAGGGGCUUAUUGACGAGCUGUACAACAUUGAGAACUGUGAGGCGCAAUUUCCGUUCAGCCUGGGCGAGAGUUCCGGUGUGGGGGCGAGCGAGAGGGUGCUUCUGAACAGCACUGACCGAAUGUUUGCUGAGAUUCGAGACAAGAAUUUCGCAGGAGUGGGGUCUGUGCUUUACCAAAAAUCCCUGUGGGUGAAGCAAAACUAUGACAAGCGUAAGGAGGUUCAUCAUCUGAAGGAGCUGAAGGAGUUUAUGAAAGGCCUCCCAGAGAUGCAGGAAAUGCAUCGCUUGAUUGGGAUUCAUACCAACGUUGCCACUGAAAUCAGCAAGACAACACAAAGCACGGACUUCAGGAAGCGUAUCUUGAUUGAACAGAACAUCAUUCAACAGAUCAGUGAGAGCGAUACUCUGAAGUACAUUGAGGAUCUUGUAUUUCGGAAGGAGAAGUUUGAGAAUGUUCUCCGCCUACUCGCGCUUCUGUCCCUUGUCAACGGUGGCCUGCGCGAGAGGGAGUUGCUCAGCCUCAAGGAGAACAUGAUGUUGGCCUAUGGCAUUCCGCACGUAAUCACUACCUUUUUCCUGCUGGAGAGGUGCGGCCUCCUUUGUGUACAAAGUGGAAAGGGAAGCAGCUACCGAAGUGUUUUCAAACAGCUUCAAACCUGGAAUGCAUCGGUGGCUGAUGAGCAGCCGAAUGACACUGCGUACGCCUAUAGAGGCUACGCACCUCCUCUUGUCCGCAUGGUAGACACUCUGCUACGGAAUCCACAAGCCUGGGACGUGGAGGACGAUGUAGUGAGUUUACUCCCUGGUGAAAAGAAGGAGCUGCUGAAUGACGUAGAGGUUGCCGCCACAACAAAGGCGGCUAUUGUCUUUGUUAUUGGCGGAAUCACAGCUUCGGAGGUGAGCGCACUGCGCUUUGUAGAGGAGCGACUUUCCAGCGGUGCCACACCUCAUCGCCUCUUUAUAGGCGCCACAGACCUUAUAAGCGGAAAUCGCAUGAUUCGAUCGUUGCUUCCGUUUGAACCGUCUCGGUAG